GGAAAGGCAGAGGGAGCAAAACUAGAAGAAUGGGGGUUUCCGGGGAACACUGGGGUUCUGGCUAAGAAGAGUAAGGGAUUCCUUCAGAAGAUUGGGUUCUGCUGCCCGCUAGUUCAGAGAAUGGACUCUGCGUUAAUCUCCUCUCACAUUUCUGCUACUGCCACUGCACAGUAAUUGUUGAGCAUUUGAUGCCUGGCAAAGCAAGUUACUGUUGGAAACUUUCUUUCUUCAUUGGCUAUUAAGUUUGCACAUUUUCAUACCGGGGUUGGGUUGAAUUUGAAUACAUUCAUUAGCAUAGCAGUUGGACGCACAUUCCAUCUGGUAAUAUUGGUACUUCAUUUAUUAUUAUUAUUGUUGUCUUUUUGAGACAGGGUCUUGCUAAGUAGUUCAGGCUGGCUGCGGGCUCACAUAGUAGUCCACGCGGGUCUCGAACUUGCAAACGAUUCUCCUGCCACAGCCUCCUAAGUGCUGGGAUUACUGGAGUGCACCACCAUGCCCAGCUUGGUAGUAAAAUACAACAGAACAAGACAGAAUAAAGCCAACUGAGACAGUGUAGUGAAAUCGGUACAGAAGUUCACAGCAGGUUACCGGGAUAGCAGUAAUAGGUGUAGAGUCCUAUUUAAGCUGUCAUUCUCCUUUUCUGGGAUAAUGGCGCUGUCCAAGAGGGAGCUGGAUGAGCUGAAACCAUGGAUAGAGAAGACAGUGAAGAGAGUACUGGGUUUCUCAGAGCCCACAGUGGUCACAGCAGCAUUGAACUGUGUGGGGAAAGGGAUGGACAAGAAAAAGGCAGCUGACCAUCUAAAACCUUUUCUUGAUGAGUCUACACUCCGAUUUGUGGAUAAACUGUUUGAAGCUGUAGAGGAAGGCCGAAGCUCCAGACAUUCCAAGUCUAGCAGUGAUAGGAGCAGAAAACGAGAGCUAAAGGAGGUGUUUGGUGAUGACUCUGAAAUUUCCAAGGAAUCAUCAGGAGUAAAGAAGCGACGAAUACCCCGUUUUGAGGAGGUAGAAGAGGAGCCAGAGGUGAUCCCUGGGCCUCCAUCUGAGAGCCCAGGCAUGCUGACUAAGCUCCAGAUUAAACAGAUGAUGGAAGCAGCAACCCGACAAAUAGAAGAGAGGAAAAAACAGCUGAGCUUCAUUAGCCCCCCAGCUCCUCAGCCAAAGACUCCUUCUUCAUCCCAGCCAGAGCGACUUCCAAUAGGCAACACUAUUCAGCCUUCCCAAGCUGCUACUUUUAUGAAUGAUGCCAUCGAAAAGGCAAGGAAAGCAGCUGAACUACAAGCCCGUAUCCAGGCCCAACUGGCACUGAAGCCAGGCCUCAUUGGCAAUGCCAAUAUGGUAGGCCUAGCUAAUCUCCAUGCAAUGGGCAUUGCUCCCCCGAAAGUAGAACUAAAAGAUCAAACGAAACCUACACCCCUGAUCCUAGAUGAGCAAGGUCGUACUGUAGAUGCAACAGGCAAGGAGAUUGAGCUGACACAUCGCAUGCCUACACUGAAGGCUAAUAUUCGUGCUGUGAAAAGGGAACAGUUCAAGCAGCAGCUCAAAGAAAAGCCAUCAGAAGACAUGGAGUCCAAUACUUUUUUUGAUCCCCGUGUCUCGAUUGCCCCUUCACAGCGCCAGAGACGCACUUUUAAAUUUCAUGACAAGGGUAAAUUUGAGAAGAUUGCUCAACGAUUACGGACAAAGGCUCAACUGGAGAAGCUGCAGGCAGAGAUUUCACAGGCCGCUCGAAAAACAGGCAUUCAUGCUUCAACUAGGCUUGCUCUCAUUGCUCCUAAGAAAGAGCUUAAGGAAGGAGAUAUUCCAGAAAUUGAGUGGUGGGACUCUUACAUCAUACCCAAUGGCUUUGAUCUUACAGAGGAAAAUCCUAAAAGAGAAGAUUAUUUCGGAAUCACAAAUCUUGUCGAACAUCCAGCUCAGCUCAAUCCUCCAGUUGACAAUGACACACCAGUUACUCUGGGAGUUUAUCUUACCAAGAAGGAACAGAAGAAACUUCGAAGGCAAACGCGGAGGGAAGCACAGAAGGAACUACAAGAGAAAGUCAGGCUGGGACUGAUGCCUCCUCCAGAACCCAAAGUGAGAAUUUCGAAUUUGAUGCGAGUAUUAGGAACAGAAGCUGUUCAAGAUCCCACGAAGGUAGAAGCCCAUGUCAGAGCUCAGAUGGCUAAAAGACAGAAAGCUCAUGAAGAGGCCAACGCUGCCCGAAAACUUACAGCAGAACAAAGAAAGGUCAAGAAAAUUAAAAAGCUUAAAGAAGACAUUUCACAGGGGGUACACAUUUCUGUAUAUAGAGUUCGAAAUUUGAGCAACCCAGCCAAGAAGUUCAAGAUUGAGGCCAAUGCUGGGCAGCUGUACCUGACAGGGGUGGUGGUACUGCACAAGGAUGUCAACGUGGUAGUAGUGGAAGGGGGCCCCAAGGCCCAGAAGAAAUUUAAGCGUCUUAUGCUGCAUCGGAUAAAGUGGGAUGAACAGACCUCUAACACGAAGGGAGAUGAUGAUGAGGAAUCUGAUGAGGAAGCUGUGAAGAAAACUAACAAAUGUGUACUAGUCUGGGAGGGUACAGCCAAAGACCGGAGCUUUGGAGAGAUGAAGUUUAAACAGUGCCCUACAGAGAACAUGGCUCGUGAGCAUUUCAAAAAGCAUGGGGCUGAACACUACUGGGACCUCGCACUGAGUGAAUCUGUGUUGGAGUCCACUGACUGAGACAGACUACUGCAAGCCCUUGCCUCUCCCCUUUACUUCUCUCGUCGGUCCUCUCCCUACUGUACUUUACAAUCCACUUGAACUCAUGUGUAAUCUCAGACCUGUGCCAAGCAGAUGUUGGGACAAAGGGAGAAAACCUUGCUCUCACCCCCAGUCAGCUUGGUGCUUUCCUUUAUUCCCCUAUGUGCAUAUGAUUAAAGAGUUAUUUUUAAGA